AUGAAGCUGGCCGACUCCCUCGUGCCGCUGGCGUCCCUGGGCAAGCCUGCACGCGCCAGCGACGAGAGCGACCCAGACCACCCCCCGAGCUGCAUCACCGACGGCUCAGAUUCGGAGUGGUGGACUCGCUGCCCAGCAGCCUGGGUGGAGGUGGACCUGCAGGAGGACGUGCUGGUGCACGAGGUCCGCAUUCAGUGGUGGGGCAGCUCGUGGGCCAGUCCACGCUCGAGGUCCUCGCCUCGCAGGCCUGCGACGGCGAGGGGCCCUGGCUGCUGCAGCGCCGCGGGGAGGAGGCCGCCGGCGGGCCCCCCGCCGGCCUCAACUGCUGGUCUCGCCUGCCAGGCUGGCGCGGCUCCACGCGGCGCGUACGGCUCCGGCUGCUCGACGGGCACCUCGACCCAUGGUUCCGCAGUUACCACUUCGGCCUGCGGCGGCUGGAGGUCUACGGCUACCCCGCAGCGGGCGCCGGGCCACUCCGGUGACCUGUACUGGACCUGCGACAGUGCGAGCCCCCUGGUGCAGACCAGGCUCAAUGGGCACACAGUCAAAGGCACAGAUGAGGACCCUCCAGGUCCCGGGCUCUUGCAGGAGCUCACCGGCGCGCCCAACGCGCUGAGGGACACGGCACUGGACUACACAGCGGUGUUGGACGUCGCUGCUCCACCGGGGGCAGGCGUCAACGCGCACCAUGUCGACGCCGACACAGUGUUCUUGCGUGCGCGUCUCACGAUGCACGGGGACCGAGGUGGCGGCGCACAUGAGGUAGCAGUGCCAUUCUAUAGCGGCGAGGUACCGGAGUCAACGGUCCAAGUCCGCGCUGCCGGCUGUCUUGCCACCUUGAAUGCGACGCCGAUGGUCAACACGCCUCAGAAUGCGACACAGAGGAUAGCGAGUAUCUUCCCUGGGAUGGCUCCUGCUUCCUCGUCUGUGAUCGCUGAGACGGUGACGGCCUACACGGACGCAGAGGGGGCAGACCUCACGGAGCUGUUUUGCCGCUUGGACGCAUAUGUCGAAGCAGCCGCGUUGGCCAACGCACCGGCACUGCCGGGCGCCAACGUAUCGCAGGUCCUUUGGCCAAACGUUGACAUGCUGGGCCCAGCUGCACCUAAUGUGAGCUGGAACAUGCCUGGCGGGUUCAUCGAUGACCUUGGGGCUCUGCAGGACGGCAAGGCAGUGGUCCUCUUGGACGCGUCCCUCUAUCCAGGGGGUACCGUUCGGGUGCCGACGCAGGUGAUCAAUUUGCUCUGGCUGAUCUGUCAAGAUCAGAUCGGGCUCCCCAACCCUGUGAAUCAGGGGCGGGCACGGGGUCAACCCGGCCAGCAUGUGGGGCAGAUCAGGGCCUAUGUCUAUGGGUCCGCUCAGCAGCGACCGCUUUGGAACGCUGCGCCUGCAAUCACCAUGGGGACAGUGAGGCAGCUGAGACUCUGGCUGGAGAACCACGGACAAGGGAAGCAUGCAUCGACGCUUGCAUUCCAGAGGUCCGCGGCUCAAUCGGUCAUGCUCGGGCCUGACGCUACGGUUCUACCACUCCCGCUUCGACAGCGGGUCAGGCGGGACGCAGCGGGCGCGGGCGGUGGAGUCGGCAGGUAUGCUGUCAGGUACAUGGAGAUGGUCGUCGAGACUGCUUGCGCCUACUGGCGCCGCCUUACUACACCAGGCGCGCCAGCGGGCUCGGAGUGGUCGGCGCGCGCAGCCCUCAUCAUGGGAGCAGCAGCGUGGGGCGUCCUCCCCGAUUGGGGGGGUCCAGUCCCUGCAGCCGGUGCCCAGCCCUUCUGGGUCCCUCAAGGUCAUGGGGGAGUGGCACUUCCGGCUCAGCUGGUCUCGCUAUUUGGGAUGUGUCGCGCUUACAGCGGCGAUGCGGACGAAAUCUGGUCAAGGAUGACGUUCGCGGAGCUCAAUGGGCUCACGCAGUUGUUGUCUGACGCUUCUCUCGGUGCGAAUGGGUUUGCGGCUGUCUUCGAGCCACUUCAGUGGUUCGCAGGAGCGGCCGCCCCAGCCAUCUUGGGAGGGCGCGGGCCGAACGCGUGGGCUUGGAGCAGGUUGUUCAAUCCAGAGGGUGCGUUGCAUUGCUUCCGCACGCCUGGGACGGUCACCCGCUUCGUCAGCUCCAAUCUCAAGUACCUGGUCAGCAGAAUCAACAAUCAGACACGGGGCGCGCUACCGGAGGAGAGGAAUAUCUGGCCAGGGGGCCGCGGGCCUGCCGUCAAAGUGAAGCAGAUCAACCUGUUGCGGUACGUACCGCGCGACAGCGAUGUCUGCCCUGGGUGCUCCGAGGGCAUCUGGCGGAUACCGCCAGACGCGCGCGACGAGCUGCUGCGCCAGCUGGGCAGCGGCGGCUGCGAGGUGUUGAGCUACGACCUGUCGCGGCUCGGCCCGCCGCCGACGGAGGCCAUCACCCGGCCGCUCAGGAGGAAGAGGCUCCGCUGCGGGGGCUGCGGCGAGCUGGAGGACGCCGCGGCGCUCUCGGGGCAGGGGAGCCCGCGCUGCCGCGCGUGCCAGGCCGCCCCUGCCGCGGGCACCCCGCGAGAGGCGCACUCGUCGGAGGCGGCCGCCGAGCUCGCGGCCGCCGGCCUGGCGCGCCCGGGCGCGCGCUGAGAGCGCGCCGCUGCUGCGAGGGGGCCACUGCCCCGCGGCUGCGGGGGCCGAGGGCGGCUGAGGUGGGCCCUCCUGCAGCAGGAAAGCCGGCGCUUCGCAGAUCUUCUCACGGAGCAGCUGGAGGCAGGACCCCUGGAUAAGAGCACGCCAGAGGCUCUUUCUGUUUUUGGUGAUGCUUCGGCUGGGAAGGAGGGAGCAGACGAGAGGCUUCGGAGAGUAGGGCUUGCAGUGCGUGCAGCUACUUCAUUCGUGCCUUUGGUUAUGGGUCCCAUUGUUUACGGACCCCUUGCAGGCAGGCCUCAGUCUGUUCCGCG